ACAAGAGGCCUGGCCGCCGCCUCCCUGGCCCGCGCGGUCGCCACGGCAACGCCACCGCCCGCGAGACCAGCCCGUCCUCUCGCGAGAGCUCCCAGCCGCCGGAAGCGGCGGCGACCCGGCAGUACCCGCCCCCCAGCCCGCCAGCCCGCGCCGGUCUGUUCGGUUGACGCCGCCGGGAGAUCCAGUCCGUCCGCCUCUGCCAGGGCUGCCGCUGCCGGACCGGCCAUGGACGUCCUCAAAUCAUCUCCUCUCUUUGCAGACACCCUGUUCCAGCUGAAGUUCACGGCAAAGCAGCUGGAGAAGCUGGCCAAGAAGGCGGAGAAGGACGCCAAGGCGGAGCAGGCCAAGGUGAAGAAGGCCCUUCAGCAGAAGAACGUGGAGUGCGCGAGGGUGUACGCCGAGAACGCCAUUCGCAAGAAGAACGAGGGUGUGAACUGGCUCCGCAUGGCGUCCCGCGUGGAUGCCGUGGCCUCCAAGGUGCAGACGGCCGUGACCAUGAAGGGGGUGACCAAGAACAUGGCGCAGGUGACCAAAGCCCUGGACCGGGCGCUCAGCACCAUGGACCUGCAGAAGGUCUCCGCGGUGAUGGACAGAUUUGAACAGCAGGUGCAGAACCUGGACGUGCACACGUCGGUGAUGGAGGACUCCAUGAGCUCGGCCACCACGCUGACCACACCACAGGAGCAGGUGGACAGCCUCAUCCUGCAGAUCGCCGAGGAGAACGGCCUCGAGGUCCUGGACCAGCUCAGCCAGCUGCCCGAGGGCGCCUCUGCCGUGGGCGAGAGCUCCGUGCGCAGCCAGGAGGACCAGCUGUCUCGGAGGUUGGCCGCCCUGAGGAAUUAGCGGAGCCCAGCGGCAGCGCGCCCCAUCCCGGCCUCACAGGGGAAGGGCUGGGAAGGCCGCCUCUGCCCCCUCCCCACUGCUCUCACCCUCUCACCCGCCGGGCCUGGGACUCUGCCUCUUCUCUGAGCACGGGUGUGGGUCUGUGUCCAGCUGGGCGAGUUUGCACAAACUUCUGACUUCUGUGGGUAAUUUCUGUGACUCCGGGCCACCAGCUGGGCGAUCUGCAGGCUCCCCUCCAUCCACCGCCACUGAGACACCCCCAGGGACUGGCUGCUGGCUGCCACGUGGACCUGGGGGCUUUCAGACUCCAUGUGACGGCAGGUGUGCUGGGAGUGGGCAGCCGGUGGGGGUCAGGACUGCAGGCUGUUGCUGGGCACCCCUGGAAGCCCCGCCUCCGUUUAGAACCUGGUCCUGCCAGCGGGAUGGGCCCCGCUCGGGCUCCCCAGUGUCAGGCGCCUAGCUCCCGGUCCAGCGGCCCCCUGGGCGUCUGCAUCCUCACUGCCCUGCGGGGCCUCCUCUAGGAAGCCAGAGUCUAUGCUGAGGCCCCUCCCAGCCAAGGAGCAGGCGCCUCCCCUCUUGGGUGGGAUGCUUUUCUCCUGUCACUAUAAGUGAUGGGGUGCCUCCCCCAUCUGGCUCUUGCUGCCUUGUGGGCUCACGCUGUUGACCUUGAAGCUGGAGCGGCUGAUGGGAGAGCCGCCCUCAGUGGGGCCAGCAGUGGCAGUGCUUCUGACGACGUGCUGGGCUGGCCUGAGGGGAGCUUCAGACAGGCUGCACUUUUCUGUUUUCUCCAAUUCCUGAAGUUUACUUCGUUUUCCUGAAGCUUCCAGGGAUUUUUUUUUUUUUUUGCCAAAAGAGAAGGAGCAAGUAGAUCGGGAGCCUUUGGGUUGAGCCCCGCCCCAGCGUCAGCUGGAGCGCACUGGUCGUCGGUGCUGACCAGAGGCCUCUGGCUGGCCGUCCGUCCUCACAGCACUGGCUCUCAUGGACAGAAACGUGGGAGAGCUUUCCCUGGCUCUCUGCGUUUGAGUCUUCCUGGACUUGGAGCCCUUGGGUGUUCUGUACAGUAAGUUGUGCUGUGGGCUGCCUGGCGCUCUGGACUGUGGUGUGAGGCCGGAGAGAAUGGGGUUCAAGAGCCACCUGGUGUCUCUUCUGUGAUGCCGACCUCACCUUACUCCCUGGCCAUCAUCCCUUGGGGCUCCCACGUGCUGGGGUUCAGAGAAGGUCCCCAGGGGGUGCAGAGCUCCACGGAGACGCCUGCUGGGGGCAGAGGCCACGCCGCAUCAAAGGGCAGCAGGCAAAGUUUGCCUUUUCCUGAAAUGCUGUUGUGAAUAAAGAGAUUGAUCCCUGAGAA